AGAAUCGGAAUAAAUUACAUAUAAACAAGACCGUUUGAAUUGUAGUCAAAUGGGGGCAGUGUUUUGUGCUUCCCCAAACCGGAAGUAGAAUGUCCAACCAGCCACGUCUUUUCCGUCAACACGCUUGAAGGGACUCGGACAACUUCAAUCUGCAGUUGAUGUCAGCUCCAAAAGGCGAGAACUGCCAGGUGGACAUGGAGAGCAAAGCUGGAGAUCUGUUCAGUGCUGAGGAUGCUCAUCCUACUGGUGGAGCCGGGAUCUUGGCCAAGCUGGGCCUCCCCAAAGGCAUCUCCACCAGUGUGGCCAAAGAGUGGCUGGACCGGCGCCGCCUGUCCAUCCGACCGUGGGCCAGCUUCGUGGACCAGCGCAAGUUCUCCAAACCUCGCCACUUUGGCGAGCUGUGUCAGCGGGUGGUGAAAAAUGUGGAGACGUUCAACAGCAACUACACCUUCAUCUUCUUGGGCCUCAUCCUCUACUGCAUAAUCAGCUCUCCGAUGUUGCUCAUCGCAUUGGCCGUGUUCCUCGGUGCCUUCUACAUCGUCCAUCUUAAAUCGCUGGAGUCGAAGCUGGUGAUCCUUGGCAAGGAACUGACUGUCCCACACCAGAUGAGUCUAGCUGGAGCUGUUUCCUUGCCUGUGUUCUGGCUGGCAGGAGCAGGCGCUGCAGUUUUUUGGGUUCUGGGAGCGACCUUGUUCGUGAUCGGCAGUCACGCCGCGUUUCGUGAGCUGGAACCUUCCGACUUGGAGGAGCUCCUCAUGGAGCCCGUGUAAGGAGCAGGACGACCUGGCUUGUACACGCUGUGGUUACUAAGUACAACACCUCUAAUGAUAUACUUUGCUGUUACACCGCUAUCAUGGCCUAUUCAAACACAUCAUUAUGUCAUAUUCUAUAUGUCGCCGCUCUUUUUCAUUAAAUGGGUUAGGGUUACAUUUAUACUUUGUUAUUCGCAAUUGUCGCUACACCAAACUGCUAAACCGGGAACAAUUUUCCCAACAGAAGUGCAAUUUUAAAGCAAUGAACACGUAAAAGUACGAUUAUGAUUUUACACAAAUGAAAUGACUUAAUGUUGUUUUUUUUAAUGCAAACCUUUAGUUUACUUCAUAUAUAAAUGGUGCCAGUGUAUAUUCUACAGCCAGGAAAAUGGUAGUAUUGUGCAAAAGUUUAUUCCAGCAAUUACAUUUACAAAGUGAAGCUCAGAACAUGUCAGAUAUUUCAAGCCUUUGUUUGAUAUCAUUUUGAUGAUUAUAGCUUACAGUAGGGGUGUACGAAUGUUUUGAAUUGAGGGCCGCAUUGGAAAAAAAUGUAUAUGUGUAUAUGUACAUAUACAGUACAGGGCAACAUUUUGGACACACCUCAUUUCAGUUUUCUUCAUUUUCAUGAAAACCCUUGCAGGGGACUGACUACCUCUUGAAGCCCAUCCAGAGAAUGCCAAGAACGUGCAAAGCAGUAAUCAGAGCAAAGUGUGGUUAUUUUGAAGAAACUAGAAUAGGACGGCGUGGCGCGGUUGGGAGAGUGGCCGUGCCAGCAACCUGAGGGUUCCUGGUUCAAUCCCCACCUUCUACCAACCUCGUCACGCCUGUUGUGUCCUUGAGCAAGAAACUUCACCCUUGCUCCUGAUGGUUCGUGGUUAGCGCCUUGCAUGGCAGCUCCCUCCAUCAGUGUGUGAAUGUGGAAGUAGUGUCAAAGCACUUUGAGUACCUUGAAGGUAGAAAAGCGCUAUACAAGUACAAUCCAUUUACCAUUUAUUAUAAAACAUGUUUUCAGUUAUUUCACCUUUUUUUGUUAAGUACAUAACUCCACAUGUGUUCAUUCAUAGUUUUGAUGCCUUCAGUGACAAUCUACAAUGUAAAUAGUCAUGAAAAUAAAGAAAACACAUUGACUAAGGUGUGUCCAAACUUUUGGCCUGUACUGUAUGUAUAUACUAUAUAUAUGUAUAUACUGUAUGUAUAUACUAUAUAUAUAUAUAUAUAUAUAUAUAUAUAUAUAUAUAUAUAUAUACUAUAUAUAUAUAUAUAUAUAUAUAUAUGUAUAUAUACACACACAUACAUACAUACAUACAUACAUACAUAUAUAUAUAUAUAUAUAUAUAUAUAUAUAUAUAUAUAUACUUAUAUUAAUAUAAUGGAUUAAUAUGAGGGCUUCACGGUGGAAGAGGGGUUAGUGCGUCUGCCUCACAAUACGAAGGUCCUGCAGUCCUGGGUUCAAAUACAGGCUUGGGAUCUUUCUGUGUGGAGUUUGCAUGUUCUCCCCGUGACUGCGUGGGUUCCCUCCGGGUACUCCGGCUUCCUCCCACCUCCAAAGACAUGCACCUGGGGAUAGGCCCCUCCCACCUCCAAAGACAUGCACCUGGGGAUAGGCCCCUCCCACCUCCAAAGACAUGCACCUGGGGAUAGGUUGAUUGGCAACACUAAAUGGUCCCUAGUGUGUGAAUGUUGUCCGUCUAUCUGUGUUGGCCCUGCGAUGAGGUGGCGACUUGUCCAGGGCGUACCCUGCCUUCCACCCGAUUGUAGCUGAGAUAGGCGCCAGCGACCCCAAAAAAGGGAAUAAGCGGUUGAAAAUGGAUGGAUGGAUGGAUUAAUAUGAUUGGAUAUUAACAGAUUGAUUGAUUGAUUGAUACUUUUAUUAGUAGAUUGCACAGUUCAGUACAUAUUCCGUACAAUUGACCACUAAAUGGUAACACCCCAAUACGUUUUUCAACUUGUUUAAGUCGGGGUCCACGUUAAUCAAUUCAUGGUACAAAUAUAUACUAUCAACAUAAUACAGUCAUCACACAGGUUAAUCAUCAGAGUAUAUACAUUGAAUUAUUUACAUUACAUUAUUACAUUAUUUACAUUAUUAUACAUGACAUUAUUUACAGUAUUUAAAAGUUUGAUUCAUACUUUGUGUACUUCCGUGACCACCUCCUAAAAGUUUUGUAAUCAAUCAAAAAUAUCAAGCGCCGAACAUGGAAAAGUAUGAAGAGAGGGUUUUGCAAGUUUCCCAUCAUGCAUUUCAGGGGAUUUACAUGGGUAUAAUUAUGAAUUAUGUGUAGUGCUUGGACAUGUUUAAUAAUAUCAAGAAAGUUCAGUGAGCAGGUUGUGUUACGUGUGACCAUGGGUGUUGACUUUUUGUGCUAGUUUUAUUUGCACCAGGAGUGAGAAAGGUUGUCUGGUUUGGGCCAUAUGUAAAAAUGCUGUGCUGUGGACACUUCAAGGUGUAAUUUAUGGUUAUUAACUUCAAUAGUUGUCUUUAUUCCACACGAUGGGUGGCAAUUUUAAGCAAUUAUAUUUUCCUACAUUAAAUAAUAAAUCUGACGUCAGAUCCCUUAUUAAACUGAAAUCCACAGUUUCGACACCCCUGGUUCACAGAUUAUGAAAAUCUUGAAAAAUGUUUUGUUUUUUUGAACUAUAAACCAUUAUCAUCGAAAUAAUGAGGAAAAAAAGGCUUGACAUAUUUUACUUUGCAUGUCCUGAGUUUAUAUCACAUACUAUUUUCACAUUUAAAUGAACUUUAGCAUGAUAUUCUAAUUUAUGGACUUUGACCUGAAUGCACUCAACAUUUAACAUUUAAUUGUGUUAUCAAUAAAGUUGGGCCAUGCAAGCAAA